GGCGACAUUACGGCGCUUGGAGAGCCACGAGGGAUUUGUUCCCUUGCUUACCUGCAGCUGCGUGUGCCAGGAAGCAGACAGCAACGGCGGCCACUGCGUAGCGGACCGUGGGGCUGCCUUUCUGGGCCAUCUCAGAGGACCCCAGGUGGUAUCUGCUGAAGAGAGAGUGUUACUGCUCGGUGCUCGCAGGGGCAUCAAUCACUUGCCAUCAGAUCCUGGCGAGAGCCCUCACGGAUGGUGGGACAGAGUCACCACGGAAUAAACCAGGCCCAUUUGUUUCAAACCUUUUUCCAGCUCAGAAGAGAAUCAAGUGGAUUUUACCUCUGCUGUGCGAAUUUGUAGUCUCUGACUGAGUUUCUUCAGGGAACCUGUCCCUGAGGAGUGGAGCACUGGACUUCCUGUGGGAGGAAUCUCUGGAGAAGUGUCUUUGGCCAAGGAAUGUACAGCUCUUCCCCUCCUUGUUUAUAAGGUCUGAAUUUUAAUGUUUUAUGGUUGCGUAGUGAGGAGGGAGUCCAUAAAAUGGGUUCAAGGCCUCGUUCAAUUCCUGGCUUUCUGAGUUCCCUGAACACCGAAGAAGGGGAUUUGCUGGGUUCUCUGCUCUCUGUUUUAUGAGACUUGUUGAGGCAAUGAGUAACUAAUAAGAAAGGUCCUUAGCAUUAGCUAUGGAGGCCUUUAGCAAAAAAUAACAAAACACCUUCUCAGUUUCAGCUUUCUGGGAGUUCAUGGCCCUGUUUCAAGUUGUAAGAAGUAUAUCCUAGGUUAACCUUGGAGAAGACCCUGAUUCGCUUCUUCCUGCAGCUUUGUCACUGAGUCGUCCUUUGGACUAGAAGUGGAAUGAGGAGAAAAUGUCCUGGUUGAGACUUUGAACUGGCUGUUGGCAGAGAGGAGAGCAGAGACACGGUCCUGCUAAGCACAAACUUGGAGUAAGCAAUACAUUAUUUCUUAUUAGGAUACACAAAGAGAAAUGAAAAGGAGUUUAACCGACACUUCGACUCGUAGCACAGCAGGUUGUCUGCCAGUACCUCUGUUCAAUCAGAAGAAAAGAAACAGGCAGCCUCUCACUUCAAAUCCACUUAAAAAUGAGCCCUCUACCAGUUCUGGAACUCGGGCUUAUGACUUUUCUCACACAUCACAGGAAUUAGGCUGGGGAAUUGCAAACGCAGAAGUGGCUGAACUAGAGAGUGCAGCAAACAGUGGAAGUCAAACAGAACAUCAAAUGGCUCCUACCCUUCUGAAACCACAAAAUGCAUCCAAGUCUAAUUCAGCGAAUACUGGAAAAAACUUCUAUACCUUCAGGGCAGAAGAGAAGACUGCCAGUACUAAAGGUUGGAACAGAAAUGUGUAUACUCCUUUAARCAACAGAACAGAUUCAGUAUCUGAUAGUGGAUUUGGAAAGUUUGAGAAUGUUUCAAGUAAUCUGAAAACUGCUCAGCACCAAAAAUACCCUGGUAACCACAAUUCUCAGCAUAUCAAAACAGAAACCAGCCAAAUAUACUCGUCUAAAGCACAACGGCCAGUGAAACCUAGCACAGUAUCAAGAAAUCCGCAGGAUCAUAGUCUGGCGUAUCAAUUUAACCACAAUAUGCAGCAAAAUAAAAUKAAUGAGAAACAAUUUGAUUGUGUUCAAGAAGACAAAAUCCAGGAAGUUUCAUCAUCUCAACUGAAACUUAAAGAAAACCAGAAUUCUUUGCGCAUCAUAUCGGCAGUCAUUGAAAGUAUGAAGCACUGGAGUCACUAUACUUAUAAAACUGCACUAUUAUUUGAAGUUUUAGGCACACUCGAUUCUGCAGUCACACCUGGAGCGUAUGGGGCAAAGAAUUUUCUUUUGAGAGAUGGAAAGGAGAGUCUGCCCUGUGUAUUUUAUGAAAUUGACCGGGAGCUUCCAAGACUGAUCAGAGGUCGAGUGCAUAGGUGCAUGGGAAACUAUGAUGCAAAAAGGAACAUUUUCAAGUGCGUCUCUGUAAGACCGGCAAGUAUACCAGAACAAAACACCUUCCAAGAAUUCGUUAAAAUUGCAGAUGUUGAGAUGGCCGCAUAUGUAAAAACAAUGAAUGAGAUUUAAAAUAGUUGAAAUGAUUGUCCAAAACUUUUAUUAAUUCAUCCCUAAGCGUAAAGGCUGACAUGCUAAAGCAUUUACCAAAACUAAUACUGAAAAUCUUAUUAAAUAAAACGUUAUUAGGCUGUGUUAUCCAACAAAUGUUGAUAACAUUUUUUUGAUGUUUCCACAUUACAUUUCAGAGUUUAUCUUUGCUAGCUAUCAGUACAGUAACAGAUUUUUGUUGCCUACUUUUGAUUAGAGUUUAUUGAAGAAAUUCUGAAUAAAGAAGUUGGACU